AUGGAGCAACCUGGCGGAGAAAUACGGAGAGUUGUCUGCUUCCCGCCUGACGGCAAGUUGGACACCGUGGCCAAGAUACUCCACGUGGGCGAAAAGGGCGGCGUGUACUAUGUCAACGAAAAGGGCAAGCGCAUCUAUCUCAAAAAGUACCAGUACAAGCAACUGCUCGAACAGCACCAACUCAACGGCGCCGUCAACAUCGGCACGCUGGAUUUCGACAGCAUCUCGCCCAAGCACUCACUGGCAACGCUGGACAACCCGUUGGCGGUCCCGCGCCUGCAACGAGAGGACGCGGAAGACCACGCGGCAGCAUCAACAGGGGGCGUGGUGGCGGCAGCACCGCUGGAACACCACCCGCGCGAUCGCCCAUGCAGCAACAACAGCAAUCGCCCCAAUAUUCACCGGCGCCCAUGA